AUGUCACCGCAGAGAAAGUUGCUGCUGCUGGGCACGUUUGUCCACUCCAAGACGGCGCAGCAUCUCGAGUUCCUCCACAACGCUGCCGUAGCGGUGGAUGAGCAGGGCAAGAUUGCCGCCAUUGAGCGGGACGUGGCGGAUGCGAGCGAGGCCAAGGAACGGCUCGUCAAGCAACUCGGCUGGAACGAGGCAGAGGUGGAUGUGACGGAGGCUGCCGAGGGGCAGUUUUUCUUCCCCGGCUUUAUAGACACGCACAUCCACGCCCCCCAGUACGCCAACGCCGGCAUCUUUGGCAAAUCCAGUCUGCUCGACUGGCUCGAGACAUACACCUUCCCCCUCGAGUCCAGCCUCAAGGACCUCUCCAAGGCCCGCCGCGUCUACUCGCGCUGCGUCCGCCGCACGCUCGCCCACGGCACCACCACGGCCACCUACUACGCCACCAUUGACGUCGCCGCGACAAAUCUUCUAGCCGAUCUAUGCCUGUCCAUGGGCCAGCGCGCCUUUGUCGGCAGAGCCUGCAUGGACGAUCCGGAGAUCAACCCGGCCUACUACCGGGAUGCUGAUGCCGCCGAGACGCUGAGGGCGACGCAGCAGACGAUUGACCAUGUGCGCGGCAUCGACCCCGGGUUCGACAUUGUCUCGCCCAUCCUGACGCCUCGCUUCGCCCCGUCGUGUACCCGCGAGGCCAUGGCCGGAUUGGCGCAGCUGCAUCGCGAGACAAGCCUCCCAAUCCAGACACACAUCUCCGAGAACCUCGGCGAGAUCCAGCUCGUACAGCGCAUGUUCCCCGAGGCAGACUCCUACGCAGGCGUCUACGACAAAUACGGCCUCCUGACACACAAAACCGUCCUCGCGCACGCCGUCCACAUCUCCGAGGCCGAAGCAAGCCUCAUCGCUGAGAAGAAGUCCAAGAUAUCCCACUGCCCGUGCAGCAACACGUGCUUGACUAGCGGGCCGGCUCGCGUGCGCUGGAUGUGGGAUAAGGGCAUUGAUGUUGGCCUGGGCACGGACAUGAGCGGCGGAUACAGCCCUUCGAUCUUGGAGGCGGCGAGACAGGCUGCGCUGGUGAGCCGGCAUGUGGCGAUGGGCAUUCAUGUCCCUGUUGAUGAUGAUGAUGGCGCUGCUGCUGCUGCUGCUGAGAAGGAGAGGGUCAAGCUGACGGUUGAAGAGGUGCUGUACCUUGCCACCAGGGGAGGAGCUCGAUGCGUGGGAUUGGAAGAAAAGAUUGGAGGCUUCGAAGUAGGCAUGGAGUGGGACGCGCAGUUGGUAUCUUUAAGUCAAGUGAGUGACGACGGAGGCUUAGAAGAGCAAGACGACAGCGAUGGCUUCGUGGAUGUGUUUGGCUGGGAGAGCUGGGACGAAAGAUUAGCCAAGUGGCUGUACAAUGGCGAUGACCGGAACACGAAGAGAGUCUGGGUCAAGGGUCGGUUAGUUCACAGACGGAGCUGA